GAACUUGUCAAUGUACGUGCUUUGACCUUUUACCAAGUUGUUAAUGAGUAAAAACAUAUUGAAUGUUCAAUUAGAGCGGUUUAAAUAAUCCAGUAUUGUAGUAGGUGUUGACAGCUCCAGUACCAGUCGCAGUAUCAACAGGCUAGGCUAGUCACGGCGCCGGCGCAACGUGAUUUCGCACCAAUUGACCCAUCACGUAUAAGAUAUUACUUAAAGUUAAAGUUACCGGCCACUCGACAAACACGAGGGAUAUUCCCAUUGCGACAGUGCACGGUCUAUCAAUAUAAGCAAAUAUCAUGUCAGCUCAUUUGCGGUCGAAUUAUUUAAUUUUUACGUGUUAAAGUACAUAUUCGAUUGGCUGUUUGCCAAAUUUAGUCAUCAGUAAUCACUCAUCGUUCAUUAUCGGUAAUAGUCAUUUCUGUGGUCCUUGGGUGCGGUCGUACGCAGCCCGUUUUAAAAUCAAACGCUUUACGAUAAAAACAGGUAUGAGCAGCGGAGUGACCGUGUUAUAAAUUCGGACGUCUAGUGUGUACUACGCUUAACAUGGCUUCCGAAAAAGAGAAGAUGGCAGCUGCUGAGACUAAGUCUCCCUCUAACAAGAGCAACUGCACCUCCCCAGGGAAGAAAGGAGAAACCGACGAGCAUGGCUUGCCAACGGAGAAGGACAAAUCGUGCGACACCAACCUGUACCUAUACCAUGAAGAGUUGGAGGACAGGCCUCGAGCGGCGACGUUCCUCAGCUCGUUGGCGAACUACUCCAACACGAUCCCCACGGCUUCAGCCGCGGACCCCGACGUCAAGCCGGCACCACCAGCUCGCAUGGGCACCCUCAUCGGUGUCUACCUCCCUUGCAUCCAAAACAUCUUCGGUGUGAUCCUCUUCAUCCGUCUGACGUGGGUUGUUGGAACUGCUGGUGCUAUUCAAGGAUUCCUGAUUGUUCUCGUUUGCUGCUGUACGACAAUGUUAACUGCUAUCUCGAUGUCUGCGAUCGCGACGAAUGGCGUGGUGCCGGCGGGCGGGUCGUACUUCAUGAUAGGGCGCGCGCUGGGCCCCGAGUGCGGCGGCGCGGUCGGCAUGUUGUUCUACACCGGCACCACGCUAGCAGCCGCCAUGUACAUCGUCGGAGCUGUUGAGAUCGUUCUGACAUACAUGGCGCCGUGGAUGUCGAUCUUCGGGGACUUCACGAAGGAUCCCGAAGCAAUGUACAACAACUUCCGAGUGUACGGCACGGGGUUACUGCUGAUCAUGGGCAUGGUCGUAUUUGUGGGCGUGAAGUUCGUCAACAAGUUCGCCACCGUCGCCCUGGCCUGCGUGAUCCUCUCCAUCACUGCGGUCUACGUCGGUAUCUUCGUCAACUUCAACGGAAAUGAUAAGCUGCAAAUGUGUGUGCUGGGUAAACGUUUACUGAAGGACAUUGACAUCAACAACUGCACGAAGACGGUCGGAGCGCCGCUGCACCAGUUGUUCUGCCACAACGACACCUGCGACCCUUACUACCUGGCACACAACGUCUCUAUCGUACAAGGCAUCAAGGGCUUGAAAAGCGGAGUUUUCUUCGACAACCUUCAAGACUCGUUCCUUCAACUCGGCCAAUACAUCGCUUACGGCAAGGAACCUGAGGACAUCGAGCAGAUGGAGAGACCAACUUACAACCAAGUUUAUGCUGAUCUUACUACGACCUUUACCAUCCUGAUCGGAAUCUUCUUCCCCUCCGUAACUGGUAUUAUGGCUGGUUCUAACCGUUCGGGUGACUUGGCUGACGCUCAAAAGAGUAUCCCUAUUGGAACGAUCUGCGCUAUCCUGACCACUUCCACCGUUUACCUGUCCUGCGUACUUCUGUUCGCUGGCACUGUUGACAACCUGCUCCUCCGAGACAAGUUUGGUCAAUCUAUCGGUGGAAAACUCGUGGUGGCAAACAUGGCGUGGCCGAACCAAUGGGUGAUAUUGAUUGGUUCCUUCCUGUCGACCCUGGGAGCUGGUCUGCAAUCCCUCACCGGAGCCCCACGACUACUACAAGCUAUUGCUAAGGAUGAAAUUAUUCCGUUCUUGGCACCUUUUGCCGUCUCAUCCAGCCGGGGUGAACCAACAAGGGCCCUGCUUCUAACGAUGGUGAUCUGCCAAUGUGGUAUCCUUCUGGGCAACGUCGACAUCUUGGCUCCUCUACUGUCCAUGUUCUUCCUCAUGUGCUACGGCUUCGUGAACCUUGCCUGCGCUCUGCAGACUCUCCUUAAGACUCCCAACUGGCGACCUCGGUUCAAGUACUACCACUGGUCUCUCUCGUUGGCCGGACUGACGCUUUGUAUCUCCAUCAUGUUCAUGACCUCUUGGUUCUAUGCUCUAAUCGCCAUGGGCAUGGCUGGCCUCAUCUAUAAGUACAUUGAAUACCGCGGCGCUGAGAAAGAGUGGGGAGAUGGUCUCCGUGGUCUGGCUUUGUCAGCUGCUCGGUACUCGCUGCUCCGUCUGGAACAAGGACCUCCUCACACCAAGAACUGGCGUCCCCAAGUUCUGGUGCUCGCUAAACUGAACAAUGAACUGAUGCCAACCUAUCGAAAGAUGCUUGCCUUUGCCAGUCAACUGAAAGCUGGCAAGGGUUUAACGGUAUGCGUAUCAGUGUUGGGCGGAGACUUCCCUCGACGUGCUGGCGACGCGGCCUCAGCUCGACACAACCUCCGCCGCUGCAUGGAUGAGGAGAAGGUCAAGGGCUUCGUCGAUGUCCUCGUGGCACCCGAUGUCGCUGAUGGAUUGAGCCAUCUGGUACAAACGACUGGUUUAGGUGGUUUGAAGCCUAACACAGUGAUCGUGGGCUGGCCGUACGGCUGGCGCGCGGCCGAGCGGCCCGAGCCGCGCUGGCAACACUUCCUACACACCGUGCGCGCUGUCGCCGCCGCACGCAUGGCCAUGCUUGUACCCAAAGGAAUCAAUUUCUUCCCUGACUCCACUGAGAAGGUAUCCGGCAAUAUCGACAUCUGGUGGAUCGUGCACGACGGCGGCAUGUUGAUGUUGCUCCCGUUCCUGCUGAAGCAGCACCGCACCUGGAAGAACUGCAAGAUGCGCAUCUUCACCGUCGCGCAGAUGGAGGACAACUCCAUCCAGAUGAAGAAAGACUUGAAGAUGUUCCUUUACCAACUGCGACUUGAAGCUGAAGUGGAGGUUGUGGAAAUGACGGACAGUGACAUAUCUGCGUACACGUACGAGCGGACCCUGAUGAUGGAACAACGUAACCAGAUGCUACGCGAGCUGCGACUGAACAAGAAGGAAACCAUGGGCAUGAUGCAAAAUUUCGUGGAUUAUCGUGAAAACGCUGAGGAGAAGUUGCCUUUGGUGCAAGCCAUUGUGGAUCAUCACCACGCUGACGUGAAGACUGCUAGCAAGGUUCGAUUCGCGGAACCUGGUGAUGAAGCUCCAACUGAUGCACCAUCACCUCCACUCGCUGAUACUGAGGACAAAGACAAGGAUGACAAGGACGACUUUCGAAGUAGUUUGUUGCACAUAAUCGAUUCAAUGUGGGACUCGCCCGAUGAACGGUCGCAGUGCGAGGACGCCAGCCCGCCCCCCGACGACAACAAGCACAAGGACCAGCCCGCCAACGGCGACGUCAAGCCCAAGCCCAACCUCUCCGACAUUACGCCUGACGAGGGCACGGUGCGACGCAUGCACACGGCGGUGAAGCUCAAUGAGGUGAUCGUGUCGCGCUCCCACGACGCGCAGCUCGUCAUCCUCAACCUGCCCGGCCCGCCCCGCGACACCAACAUCGACCGGGAGUCCAACUACAUGGAGUUCCUGGAGGUCCUGACGGAGGGGCUGGAGAAGGUGCUGAUGGUGCGCGGCGGCGGCCGCGAGGUGAUCACGAUCUACUCGUGAACGCGCGGGAGUGCUUCUCUCCUAACUGUUAGUGCUAUGGUUUGGAACGUUCCGAUCGGUCGGGCUCGAGUCUCGUCGAUCGAAAGACUUAACCCGCGCAUCUCUAAGACUGCCGACACGACCGUCGCGUUCCGGUUCGUUCAUAAAUAUUGUAUGUAUUUUCUUACGAUGAUUGUAUUCGGCGUUCGUUUUACUUGUAAAUGUUAGCUUAAUUCUACGAUACGUUUUGUUGAAUUUGCUGUUUAGAGUGAUGUUGUUUUGAAAUUUAUUCACUGUUGUAUAGAUAUUUAUGGAUAUGACGUAUGUAUCUAACGAGAAGCCUUAUCUGUCGGACGUUAGCUCUAAGUUCGUUGUUUUGUUAUUAUAUAGACUAGCUAAGAGUUACUUUAAGCACCCGAGUGGUCUCUUGUUUACCAACAUGCCAUAUAGUUUUACUUUACUGUGCAGACGUCAACAGUUGUAGGUUAAUUUGUAUCAUUUUUGUACGUUAUUUUAUUUUCUAUGGUUGUUAUCACGACAUAGAUAUACUUUGUAAGAGUAUACAUUUCUUGAAAUCAUGAAGAUUUUUAACUAUAUGAAAUUGUAUUUUGUAAAUAUUAUUCUGUUUUAAGAUUUACAUCUGCUCAACUUAAAACUAACCGUGGGACUGACGCAGGAAGGUACCAUUUCCAACUGUCGCUAUCCACACAUACAUAGAUUUCUAUAAAUUUUCAUUUGAACAUCAUUUCUAGUCACUUUUUGAUAUUAGUUUUAUCUAAUACAUACACAAUUCGUUAUACCAAAAAUAAAGAAGUCAUUAAGUGAACUCAACCGGAGAACCCCUCGAGUAUAAAUGAAUAGAUAGAUCAGCAACAGGACGCGCUGAGGGACACCUAGGUAACUAUUAACUAUUCGUAUUUUAGUAUUAGCGUGAAGAUUUAAUAGUUAAACGCGAUCUCUCGCAAGUAACUUAGAAAAUAACUUGAAAACUUAUUGCGCACAUUCGCGUAGGUAGAUGAUUUCUUACUGUGAUCGUUUAUAUAAAGUUUUAUUGUUUUAGUUUUAUUUAAGUGGUAGCGGUAAUAUACAGACUAUCCUGUAGUAGUCAUCGUUCAGCAGAAUGUACAUUCCUUUUACAUAUAUUUGUAUGUAGUUGCCUUCAAUCGCUCGUGCUAUUGUUUUCGUCGAUUAGGCUGCCUUAAACGACAUGCGUCAUUAAACCAAAUAAAACUAAAACUUUGAAAGUUAAAAGUAAACGCUUAAAGUAGUCGACGACGCCGAUGGGGUCAUUGACAUUACAAAAGUACAGAGCUAUAUUUUCGCAAACCACUCUUGUCGUCGAACGAAAAGAUGAGCUAUAAAGAGAUGCAAAGCUUUCAAAGAAAAAGUAAAACAUUCGUUUUGUUUCGAAAUAAAAUAUUUGAAAGUAAUAUGGCUUAUUUAGGUGUAACCGUAAAGUUAAUAGAUCUUGUUAUUUAUUCGUUUUGAAUGAAAACAUCUGAAACAGACUACAGCUUGGUACUCAGAUGCGCGCGUACGUAUGAUGAAAACUUGUCAAUUUUGAUUUACCGUUACACCACUCUAGUUAAGGAACUAUUUCUUAUUCGUAUAAAGAGUGUUAGAUAACUGCCAAAUAGGAAUCGGUGUUGUAAAAUAUCCUAGUCCAUAAGUGAGCUACCAUCUUCUCAAUGAUAACUGUGUUUAUGAACUUUCAUAAAUAUUUACGAAACAUUUACAGUUAUAAACAUUUAAUGAAGUAACUAACAAAACUUUGUAGACGAUAGUUAGUUUACUCUACUCUCUUUGUUUCACAAAACUAUUUAUGUAUUAAGUUUCCCACUCGAUUGUUAGCAUUCCUUCGAUGUUCAUAAAGAACUUAACUGUAAAUGUUGUUUUAAAAAAAAUAUCAAUUACCUUACUAAUGUCCUAAGAUUUUACGAUAGCGUCAACUCGAAUUUUGUACGAGAGUUGAUAUUUUUAAGAUUUCCUCAAAUAAAAAAUAGUUUAACAUUUUCGUAACUCGUACUCACAAAUACAAUUAACGUCAUUUAAUGUUCGCGCUCCUCGCGUUACGAACAAAGUAGGAAUUAAUUCGAAGGCAUUUAAGAAUUCCUUUUUGUCAUGGUUGUAGAUGCCAUAAUAAUAAAUUAAGUACGUAGAUGUUAGUUAUUCUAUGAAUCGACUGUCGACUACCCGUUUAUCGAGAUACCAGUGAGCAGUAACUGAACACUCGGUCGCCUAGCAACCAGACGAGCUCGCGGCCGCCACUUUAUUUACCACAUGGAAGCAUAGCGAUAUUUUAACAAAAAAUAUAUAACUCACUUAAUAAGAUUAAGUAUAAAUCAUUCUAAAUUAUAUAAUUAUCUGUAACCCCAUGUUCGACAUCUUUCGUGAUAGUACAUCUCUCGUUAUGAUUUUGUGAACGUGGUUAUCACUUAGUGAUUGUACCUACACAGGCGUAAUGAAAUAGUGAUCACAUAUCUUCCUUUCACAUAGAAGAAAUAUAUUAUCUACAUUAUAAAACUAUUCAUGCCUAUUAAUAGGUAAUGGACGAUAAUUUAUUUAAAAGGAAAUUUAUUGAAUUAUAUAUUAUCUAAAUUAUAAAGUAGGCAUUUAUUACGUCUAAGUCAGUCUUCAAAUUGGAUAUUAACAAAAGUAUUUGUGUUCUUUAAGAACAUUUUAUUUAGUUAAUUGACGGUUAUAUUAGACAGCUAAUUCAUACCAAAUGACAAUAGGUACAGACGUACCUAUGUGUAAAAGAAAGGCGACGUGGAGCGCGUUGACCGACGGACGAGCUGACACCUGGGAUACACCUUGGUCUUGGUAUUCGAGCACCACAGGAACGAGUCCACACCGGUGACAAGGUGCUUCGCUCCUACAUACUUAAUCUUACUUGAUAACAACAUUGUAGAUAGUUCAAAUUAUUAAGUAGAACUCUAGUUAAUGUUUGAUGCCCACGAUAACGUCAUACAUGUGCCAAACAUCAUUAUUUCAGAGAGUAAAUGACACGGUGGCGAAUCUAUAGCGUAAGUCAUCAAUUACUUACAUUUUAGAAUUCCUACAAAAUAUUCUCUUGAUGAACUAUCAGUAACGUGUGUCAUAAUUAUAUUAAAAUAGCUUUCGAAGAUACAUUACUUAUGUGUUAGAAAUGUCACGUUUACUAUCAUAGUUGUAUUUCAACAACAUGCACACCUACAUAGUAACCUACUCGGGAUAGAUUAAAAAUCGUGUUCGUAAUUUCAGUCGUUACAUUUUAGCUUAAUAAUAAUAAUAAAAAUCAUUAAAAAUUAUUAGCCGUACAGCCACCGACGUAUUCACUUGCAGGAGUGUUAAUGACAGCACCACUGAAUACGCCUGUGGCUGUACUUUACGAGUAUCAAAUAAUUAUGAUGUAAAACUAUUAAAUUACCUAUUUUAGAUUUUAGGCUGUGAGUCAGCGUAAACACAUUCUUUACAAUUUAAUAUUCAAGCUAGAGUUGCUGUGAUACACCAUUAUGGCUAUAAAAUUAUAGUGUAGUCAUUUCUGGCUAUGAAUAACAAUGGGAGAUAACGUGGAUAACGUUCAACGCCAUAUUCUAUCUGUGAUUUCACUGAUGUGUAGAUGCACCUUUAUCCGCGUAACCUAACACAGCCCUGAGAUAUCAUUCCCCAUCUAUGCCUUGAGUACGACUCGUAGAUAUUCUGUCUCAUAAGUAUCUGUACUAUCUUAUUGCGAAUUACAAACUACAUAAUGAAGUGUAACUAACAAGGCUGUCUCUACUUUGAAGAUAUUUUGAAAAUUGUAUUUUAUAAAGCCUAUGUCUAACAGCCAGAAAUGUAACUAGAUUGUCUAUUAUUGGAUCUACUUGAAAACUAUUCUUGGUCUUGUGAAACUAUAAAGCGAACAAAGAUAGCCUACAUCACGCUAAAUCUCAAGAUAUUGAGCAAUAACGAAAGUAUUUAGAUAGUGAUCGCCGGGCGGUAUGCUAUUUAACUUAUAAAUAUUAUGUAUUUUGAUCUGGAACGAGUUUUUCAUAGAAAAAUAUUUCGAAGUGUAAAAGUUGUUUAAGAAAUUAUUAAAAUAUUCAAAUAAUAAUUCUAGAAAGUUAGUCAGUGAGUAAUUAUAAGAAAAAGAUGUUACGAGUAUAAUAAAAUAAACUAAUAAAA